UUACCAUCCAGCUCUCAGUACAUGUAAUAAAUAAGUAGCGACCCAACAAACUUCGACCAAUACACAGUCUCUCAUCCACCAUGGCCAAAGAACCAGUUGACGGCGAAGCGCCGCCGAGCUACACGCCCACAGCGCCGGCACCUCCCAACGGACAGACUAAUCCACCCAGCAACAUCGAUAUCACAGCCUCGUUUGCACACCUCGCCAUCUCUUCUGAUCCGCCAACCGGCAUCCCCAGCGUUGACACCUGUCUCGCACAUUUGAAACUCCUUCACGCCAUCCACUCACUCAAGGAAGACGUGGGCUACACCGAUGGCCUGUGGGGCCUCUGGGACGACCGCGCUGACAAGGACGCCGAUAUCAUCGUCGACGGGGCGCUGCCAUCGGGAGUAGAUUUGGACAGGCUCAGCAAAGAUGAAAAAGCCAAGCUGGCUCUCAGCCGUCUGCGCGAGAAGCGAUGGGCCAUCUUCCUUGCGCGUGCUGUUGACCGUUAUGAAGCGUGGUGGAACGCGAUUAGCAGAACGAAGGAGAUGCUGACUGAGAUCGACAUGAUGAAGACGCACGGCUCCAGAUAUAUAGAUUUCCCAACCAGUGGCGCACCAUUGCCGUGGAGUGAUGAUUUGAUUCCUCCAUUGGAUGUUGUAAUGGUCAUGCACGCGCACAUGUUAAACCCCAGGGCCUUCCUAGAAGACGCCAUACGCACCAACAUGAUCGAGUAUUGGACCGCCGGCAUGCCAUGGCUGCCCGUGAACAAUGCCAUCUCUACUGACUUUUCUUACAACGCGAAUGAUGAGGCGCAAACCAAUUGGGUCUCACGGACAGGACUCAACUGGGCUAACCAGGAUGACCCCAUGACCAAGUCUCUUCGAUGUCCAUGGUGUAAAGGUGGCUUGGAGGUGCCAUGGACAACUUGUGGAACAAAAUCCGAGUCAGAAAGUGCAAAAGGCACCAUUGGAAAUGGAUACGGCGACGGCAACUUCUCCCACGAAUGCCCCAGCUGCCACAAAACCAUCACCAAAGAGGUCCUUUCUCUCUCAAAAUUCAUCCAGGACUCUUCUCUAGUGCUCAGCAAAACCGUUCCCAUGCCCGGAACGAUCCUCUCAGUGGCUUCCGGCACACCAGAGAUCAUGCCAGAGCCCCCAUACUCCUUAAUCUACUCCCGCACAUUCCCCAACCGCAUGAUACAGCUUGAAUUGCGCUCCAAGAUCCUGGAACUCAUCAACCCAGAUGCCAAACACCCAUCCAUGCUAAGCGUGCGAGACAUCAUCGAGAAGACGACCAGAGACGGCCAGGCAAUUCGCCGAAUAUACGGCAACUACAGCCGCGCAAGACGCGCCGCCUUACCGCGCGAGGCCAAGAUAGCCACCCGCAAGAUGAUGAGCCGCUACUGGGAGAACUUUUCGCCCUUUGCGCUCGACCUCUGCGGCGCCGUCAUGCGCCAGGGCGUCUUCAUCGACAAAAUGGUCAAGCUCGAUUGGCUUCACAGCCCGGCCGCAAAGGCCACCAUGAGCCGCCUCCUCACAAAAUACGACCGCUUCGUCGACAUCAUGAAGAGACAUCCAGACAAGAUGGCCGUCCCCACGCUGGAUGUAGACUUGGCCUGGCAUACGCACCAGCUGACGCCAAGAGACUACUACGACUUUACGACUAAGAAGACGGGCAAGUUUAUCGAUCACGACGACAAGAUUGACGAAAAUGCAUUGAGCGAGGCAUUCGAGUGGACUACAAAGACCUACCAAAGCCUCUACAAUGAAGUAUACAGCGAAUGCACAUGCUGGUACUGUGAAGCCGUCCGCGAAUCCCAAUCCUCAAAAAUAGGCAAACUCUUCAACAUAUCCUCCUCCCAAAAACUCGCCGACUCCUUCCACACCUCCGGCUCCGCCAGCCUCUGCCCGCCCGACAACUCGGCCCACAUCUCGGCCCACAACUCGGUCAGGACGCUCGACGCCUCCAUGCUCGGCGCGCACGCGCAGGCCCGGCAGCAGCAGAAGCUCGACGAGGCCUACCGGAAGGCGUGCAAGCGCGCGGAGAAGAAGGGCAGGACCUUGCCGGCCAGGGAUCAGUACUAUGAUUACAAUCACUGGGGCUAUCCUUAUUACAUGUACGGCCCGUUCAUGUAUCCCAUCUACUUCACCCCCGGCCUAUACUACGGCUGGGAUCCAUGCUACAUCUCCUCAGGACAGGGUGCCUGGGCAAACUGCGCCGGCGGAACUUGUGGCAACGGAAAUAUUGCCGCCGGUGCCUGCGGAGGUCCGGGAGGAUGCUCUACCGCUAACUGCGGCGGAGGAGCCGGUGGAUGCGGAACAGCCGGUGGUUGUGGAGGUGGUGGUGGGUGUGGAGGAGGAGGAUGUGGUGGAGGAGGAGGAGGCGGAGGAUGCGGCGGCGGUGGUGGAUGUUGAGGGAGAUUUUGCGCCCCUCUACUUUUUGUAACGUAGCAGACUUGAGACACUGGAAAGCUGGUUUAGCAGCCCGGUUACAUCUCUCGUAUACAUGUGCCAUAUGCACAACGACAAUGGUAAUGUUAGCUGUCUAUG